CUUGGAUUAACCCCUCAGCCAUGGACUUGGCAUGGCGGCCGCCCCUCACCCCCAACGCGCCGGCGGCUGCGGAUGCCGCCGGCAUGGCCCCAGCCCUUCGGCGCCGCGGCGGCGAAGGCUUCGGCACCGCGGCGCACGGCGCGCGCCUCGUGCCGGUGGCGGCGCUGACGGCGGCCGCGGUGGGAACGCGGCGCCGCAAGGCGCCAGCCGCGCGGGGCAGAGCUGCCAGGGCCUUCAGCGCCGAGGCGUGGCGGCAGGGCUUCUUGGAGCCCGAGGACCUUGAGCAGGGCUUUUACUUUGUAGACUGCGAGCUUCCGGAGGAUUUGAAAGGGACGUAUUUCAGGAACGGCCCGGGGAAGUUCCAGGCCGGCGAGGACACCGUGGUGCACGAGAUGGAUGGCGAUGGGCUGAUGCUGGCUAUGACCUUCGACCCGGAGGAGAAGAAGGUGUGCGUGCGGCACCGGCUGGUGCAGACGCAAGGCCUGCUGCGGGACCAGUUCUCCAAGGGAAUGUACACCAAGGGCCACCACGGCACCCCGUCGUCGGGUGGUGGCAGCUUGGACCCCCGCCGCAAUGCGCCGAAGCACGCGGCAAACGCCACGAUGGUCUACUGGGAGAACAAACUCCUGGCGUGCGGCUGCUUCGGGAAGCCCUUCGAGAUCGACCCCGCGUGCCUGGGCACGGUGCUGGGCAACGAGGACGAGGGCUCUUGGAACAUCGAGAACUCCUUAGACUCCGAGACGACCAUCGGCUCCUUCCCCAAGGUCUGUGGAACGGAAGGGUGCCUGACCUUCAUCAGCCAGUCCCCCUCGGCCCUGGACACCACGGUGCGGUACGUGGAGUACGCCCCGGGCGCCUGGCGCCCGCGCUACCCCAAGCCGCGGCAGUUCUCGGUGGGGGGCUACACUCGGUUCUCGGACUUCGGCAUCACGCCCAGGUGGCUGGUUUUGGCCAAGCCCCCGCUGAAGGUGGACGCGCUGGGCGCGGCGCUGGGCAAGACCUUCAGCGAGGUCCUGAACUUCGACGCCUCGGGCAGCGGGGAGCUCAUCUUCGCCACGCGGCUGCGCCGGGACGAGCAAGAGAUCACAGUGCCUGUGGACGGCUUGGUGUGUGAGGAGUUUGUGAACGCCUACGAGGACGGCACUUCGGUGAUCCUGGACAUGGUGGCGGCGGACCGCUGGGACGGCCGGGCCGGUGUGCCGUUUCCGCCCCGCUGGGAGCAGGACCCGGGCGGGUGGCCGCGAAAGCGCUUGGUGCGGUACGAGGUGGAUCUGGCGUCCAAGACCUUCACCAAGAAGGAGGGCUUCCUGGCAAAGAACCUGGGCUUCAGCUGUGUGAACCCGGCGGUGGUCGGCAAGAAGCACCGCUUCGUCUUCGGCGCCGUGGCGCACGCGGACGGCCCGGACGGCCCAGCCCAGGGCGGUGUCGCGAAGAUCGACAUGGAGACUGGGGAGGUGGACGAGUGGCUGCUGGGGCCCUCGGAGUUUUGCGGGGAGCCGCUGUUCAUCCCUAGGGAGGGCAACGAGGAGGACAGCGGCUACUUGAUGAGCGUGAUCUACAAUGGCGAGGCCAACCGCAGCGAGUGCGUCGUCCUGGACGCCCAGUCGCCGUCCUCCGGCCCCGUGGCGCGCUUCGCGCUGGAGCAGGCGAUGCCCCACGGCCAGCGGGGGACCUGGGUGCCGGAGCUGACCUACACGGAGGAGGAGAUGAAGCGGAAGACCACGCUCAUGCGGAUGUUCGCCAAGAAGUCCAAGGAGUGGAAUGCGGUGGAGCUGGGCUUUUCGGCGAUGGGCAGCCAGCUGUUUCAGCGCCAAGGAACCAGGAUGAGAUGAGAGUGUCCAUAGGUGUCCUUUUUGGUUGGUUUGCUUAGAAAGUAGAGGGCGAUUCGGCGAUUCCUGGUUUAGAUGGGGAUUCCAUUUGCCAGGGGAACCCAUCUAUUUUUCGGAAAAAGGCCGAUGCGAGUGUCCGGUGGCACCGGAUGACUUGCCCCAGCUCGAUUUUGGCGCCGGGUCUUGUCCGAUUUCCGAUUUUCAGGUUUUCAUGCGUGCACUGCGCGGCGACGCGGCUACGCCGCGCGGCGUGCAAAGAC